UGGUAGGCAAUGGAAUAGUGUUCAGAGAGAUUACUGGAAACUUCCACACGCUUCUGGUUCUUUGCAUGUUCCAGACAAAUCCUUCCCUUUCUUAUCUCUUCUCUUCUUUUUUUCUUCCUUGCCUCCACCAACAUUAUAAGCAAAACAAACCAAAACUCAUAACGUUUAGCUUAUUACAAUUACUCUUGCUGCCGACUUCCGAGUUUCAAGUUUUAACAUAACAAGAAGUUGAGAAGACAAAGUGAAUUAUGGGUGUGGAUUAUUAUAAGAUAUUGCAGGUGGACAAGAAUGCUACUGAUGAUGAUUUGAAGAAGGCGUAUAGAAAACUUGCCAUGAAAUGGCAUCCCGACAAGAACCCAAAUAACAAAAAAGAAGCCGAAGCUAAAUUCAAGCAGAUCUCUGAAGCCUAUGAGGUUUUAAGUGAUUCUCAGAAGAGAGCAGUGUAUGAUCAAUAUGGAGAAGAAGGUCUAAAAGGGCAAAUGCCACCACCAGGAGAAGGAGGGCCUGGUGGCGGGGCCACCUUCUUCCAAACGGGGGAUGGUCCAACAAUGUUCAGAUUUAACCCCAGAAAUGCCGAUGACAUUUUUGCAGAGUUUUUCGGGUUUUCGAGCCCAUUUGGAGGAAUGGGAGGAGGUGGUGGCGGCCCUGGAAUGAGGAGUAGUUCAAGAAGUUUUGGUGGAAUGUUUGGAGAUGAUAUCUUCAGUUCUUAUGGUGAGGGUCGGCCUACCAUGAAUCAAACUCUUCGAAAGGCUCCCACAAUCGAAAAUAAACUGCCUUGUAGCCUUGAGGAGCUCUAUAAGGGAACUACUAAAAAGAUGAAGAUAUCAAGAGAAAUUGCUGAUGCAAGCGGGAAGACCUUGCCAGUGGAGGAGAUUCUAACCAUUGAUAUAAAGCCUGGCUGGAAAAAGGGAACGAAAAUUACCUUUCCUGAGAAAGGAAAUGAGCAACCAAACGUUAUUCCGGCGGAUCUUGUAUUCAUAAUCGAUGAAAAACCUCACAGCACAUUUUCACGGGAAGGCAAUGAUCUGGUUGUCACACAAAGGAUAUCUCUUGCAGAAGCACUAACAGGCUACACUGUUCACCUCACAACCUUGGAUGGAAGGACUCUUACUAUUCCAAUCACUAAUGUCAUUCAUCCCAUGUAUGAAGAGGUGGUUCCGAAAGAAGGUAUGCCCAUACCCAAAGAACCCUCAAAGAGGGGCAACCUAAGAAUCAAGUUCAACAUCAAAUUUCCCACGAGAUUAACUGCUGAGCAGAAAACCGGAAUCAAGAAACUUGUGGCUCCAUAAACUGGACCGCCCGUGAAAAAUGCACAAUGUAAUGCCGUGCUAUUGUGAAUAUUGUUUUUGAGAUGGCUGUGAUUUGUACUGCUACUUUGUGUUAUAUGGUUUUAAU